AUGGCUCCCGAAGAUGGCAGUGCCCCGCCUCCGAGAAAGGUCCGCUCGGCAUGCCGCCGAUGCCGGCAGAAACAAUGGCUGGAGCAGCAGUUGGGAACGUUGUGCCCCGAUUUUGACUUCUCGCAAGGCCCAAAGGUCAAUGCUGACUUCAUGGAGACGCUGAACGCGUCCCGUGAUAGCCAGAGCUUUGCUAACUUACCCUCUUUGUCUCAUGGGGCUGCAUCGGAAACAUCCCCUGAUGCUUUUAUCGAGGAGGCUGCCACAAAUAAACGCUGUCACUCGGCCAUGGAGUCAGAAGCCGACUCCCCACUUUCUGCGAAAGCGCGGUCUGUGGCGAUUGACCUAGGAAUGCUCUCAUUACAGUCUGACUCACGUCAGAAGCACUAUCUUGGAUCUUCUUCCGGGUUGUUGUUUGCGAAGUUGAUGGGGCUGGACAAUGAACUGCGUCCUGAACAAGCUUCCCAAGUACGCCGACUCGCCCCAAGGCGGGUUCCAGACGAGAUAUACCGAUCCCUUUACGACCAACUGAAACAUAACAUUCAUGUCGACCAACCCUUCCUCCAUCCCGCAUCGUUGAUCAAUGCGUAUCAGGCCCUGUACCUGUGCUCUCAAGCGGGCUACAAUGGCUCCGUCGACCGCAAUGGCUGGAUUGAUACGGUGGACCCGUUUCAUUACAAUGGUAAGAUGGACCAUGUGGCUGGCCGCAACAUUACUCCCAUAUCUAUCGCGACCGCCGUAUUCCAUGUCUUUAUGACAAUCUCCCUGUCGGCUACGAUUCUUACCAGAAAAAAGAACUACGACUAUUCGCCAACUAGGUUCCAGCGAAUGGCGAUGUCUGCUGCAGCUGAAACGUUCUCAAGCAUCUCAGUCCCAUCACUGCAGGCCGUUCUACUACUGGCCGUGCAGAGUCUUAUUGAACCAGCCAGUGUGAACAUUUGGACAUUGUCUCAUAUUGCAAUGUCCCACUGUGUGGACAUUGGUCUACACAGAGAGUCAAGUGGCUCAGAAAUGCCCAGCGUGGCAAGAGCGAUGUUGAGAUUCAUCUUCUGGACUGUGUACUCUCUUGAUCGUUGGUUAACUGGAAUCUCUAGCUCGAUCUCCACGAUACAAGGUCGCCCACUUGGCAUUCGCGACGAGACGUUUGACGUCCAACUCCCUGAUGAAAGGGAUAUCUUCGAGAUGAUGACCCUGGUAGGCAACGAUCUGGUAAUCGAAUUGCCGUCUUCCCAUAUCCUGGCGCUAUCAGUAUCUCGAUUCCGUCUAGAUCGCCACAUCUCGGAGAUCAAGCUCUUGUUGUAUCAUUUACCAACACAGAACAAAAGCUUCGUCUGGCCCACAAACCUACCAGAAAUCCAAUCUCGACUCAAGUCAGACCUCGACAAGUGGGUCCUUGAUGUUCAACGGAUUACUCCGAAUGACACCAUCGAUGACGAAGAAAAGAUCAAAUUCCAAUUUGAGAAAAUGAGACAUGAGCAGCUCUAUCACUCGGCUAUAUCACUUCUGUUCCAACCUUCCCAGGCUUUCCCAUCACCCAGCGAGGAAGCAUUAUUCCUCUGCUACCAAAGCUGCAGCAAGCGCCUGGAGAUCUACGAUGCCGUCAACCAUCAAGACAUGCUGUAUUACAACUGGCGCAACAUACACGGCAUCUUCUCGUCUGGAGCAACCAUCGUCUACUGUGCAUGGGCGUCACGAGACCUGCAACGCACCAUUCCUUUUGCAAAGCUGCUUCGAGACUUGCGUACCUGCUCCAACCAUCUUAGUAUUGGGAGUCAGUGGUGGCCAUCUGUACGCAAUGGCAAGGAGAGCUUUGAGAUGAUGAUCGAUCUGAUUAUCAAGUAUUUCAGCGAUAUACAGCUACGGGUUCAGGGCUCUAUACCACCCCUGGGGCAAAGCUGGCCCCUGAGAGAUAGGACUGAACACCCUCAACCUUCUUCAUAUCACAGUGUCACCGGAAUGGACGACAGCAUGUCUGGAGUGGAUUCCACGCCUGGGAGUCAGCAGCGAAUGCAGCUACAACGCCUUGUUUCUAAUGGCCCAAACCAGCCAUUCCCGCCAGGUAGGUGGCUUCCUCUUCCAGAGACCUCAAAUCUCUUCCCUCCGACCUUUCUCUGGAAUGUUGUUGACCUUGACCAGUUGAAAAAGGCCAGUCGUCUUUCGACAACCUCAAUCUUUCCAUGCCAAUCGAUCCACUAG